AUGAGCGAAUGCCAAAAUUUAACAAGACAUUAUGAUAUACUUCUACAUAUGUGCAAAGAUUAUAUUGAUGCAUUUAAUUCUCUUUACACUAUUAAAUCUAAUACAGAAGAAGAAAUUGAUAAAGUUUACGAAAAGAUUAAAAAGAAUUUACUAGAAAACAAAUUAUUUUCACCAGAAGAAAUUAUUAUUCAAAUCCAAUUUGCUUGCGAUUAUAGAAUAGGUUAUUUAAGAGCGUAUUGGGAAAUAUUCAAAAAGAUAUACCACGAAUAUGGCAUCAAACAUGAUUAUGAUAUUAAUCCGAAGUUUGCUUUUCUUUUAUAUAAAGAAUAUGACUUUAUUUUGGAUACAGGACUGCUUUACGAAUUUAAUAAAAUGAAAUAUAAAAAAUUCACGGUAGAUGUUUUCCAAGAAAAUUCGAUUAAUUUUGCCAUUAUGAAAGAUGAUGUUGCUAAAUUAAUUGAAUGA